AAAUGGAAUAAGGAACCAGGAGGGGACGUCGGCCCGGACAAACGCUGUUUGUUCUUUGAACUGACGGGUCCAGCACCGGCACCUAAAGCUCCGCUCUGACUGACACGUGCUGCUUCCGGAGGGGUGAGAGCCACGGAAUCCAGAACGCCAGCUGUUGGGGCAGGAAACGCCCUCGCCACCACACCGGGCAACUCCUAAGGUUGCUGUAAACAGGCGCCGCCUUGGGAAUCCCGGGCCCCCGACGCGCGGUCACCCGGGAACCGCCGGAGCCGGCUGCAGCAAGAAGUGUGUGGUGCCCUCGGCACCGCCUGCGCCACGGGGAGCGGGCGGGGCCUCCGGCAGUCCGCGGAGAGCAGCCCCGGGUAUCCAGUCAGCAAAAGCUAAAGACAGCGAAGAGAGAAGCGGCGUCGACGCGCGCCUGGACCUUCAAGGGGACCGGUGGGAAGCCGCGAGGCCUACGGCGCAGGCGGACCCGGGGCAGCCCCGAGCGCAAGGACCCGACGCCGGCGCAGCGGGCGGCAAGCCGCCAGUUUCAAAGGCGGGCAGCUCGGCGGGUUUGCGGCAGGAUGCGGUUGCACUGCGAGGUGGAAGUGCUCAGCCGGCACCUGCCAGUCUUGGGGGUCAAGAACCGGGGCAGGGGCGUCCGAGCGGUGGUGAGCUUGUGCCAACAGCCGCGGGGCACUGAGCUGCGGCCGGGCCCCAGCGGCCACGCCUGCUUGCUGGUCUCCACCAUGAAGGACAAACGUGGGACCCGCUACGAGCUAAGGGAGAACAUUGAGCAUCUCUUCACUAAAUUUGUGGAUGAGGGAAAAGCCACUGUCCGGUUAAAGGAGCCUCCAGUAGAUAUCUGUCUAAGUAAGGCCAAUUCUGGCAGUUUAAAAGGUUUCCUUUCAGCAGUGAGGCUGGCUCAUAGAGGCUGUGCUGUCAACACACCACUAUCAACACUCACACCAGUGAAGACUUCAGAAUUUGAAAAUUUUAAAACCAAAAUGGUCAUCACAUCCAAAAAGGACUAUCCUCUACGCAAGAACUUUCCAUAUUCUCUGGAACAUCUUCAGGCUUCUUAUUGUGGGCUUAUCCGAGUUGAUAUGCGUGUGCUUUGCCUAAAAAACCUUAAGAAGUUAGACUUGAGUCACAAUCAUCUAAAAAAGCUUCCAGUUACAAUUGGAGACCUCGUCUACCUUCAAGAGCUUAACCUGAGUGACAAUCACUUGGAAUCAUUUGGUGUGUCCUUGUGCCAGUCCACACUCCAGAAGUCACUUCGGAGUUUAGAUCUCAGCAAGAACAAAAUCAAGGCACUCCCUGUGCAGUUCUGCCAGCUCCAAGAACUUAUGAAUUUAAAUCUUGAUGAUAAUGAGUUGAUUCAGUUUCCUUUUAAGAUAGGACAGCUGACCAACCUCCGUUUUUUGUCAGCAGCUCGAAAUAAACUUCUUAAUCUACCUUGUGAAUUUAAACAUUUAUCCUUGGAGUAUUUGGAUCUUUUUGGAAAUACUUUUGAACAACCAAAAAUCCUUCCAAUUAUAAAGCUGCAAGUACCAUUAAGUUUACUUGAAUCUUCUGUGCAGACCAUACUAAAUAAUAGGAUUCCAUAUGGCCCUCAGAUCAUUCCUUUCCAUCUUUGCCAAGAUUUGGAUACAGCAAAAACCUGUGUUUGUGGAAGAUUCUGUGUAGACUCUUUCAUUCAAGGAACUACUACCAUGAAUCUACAUUCUGUUGCCCACACUGUGGUCCUAGUAGAUAAUAUGGGUGGAACUGAAGCACCUAUUAUCUCUUACUUUUGUUCUCUAACCUGUUAUGUAAAUUUUUCUGAUACGUUAAAGUAAUUAAUGGUGCCAUAAAAAGACAUUUCAUGGGGCCGGGUGUGGUGGCGCACACCUUUAAUCCUAGCACUGGGGAGGCAGAGGCAGGCGGAUCUCUGAGUUAUCUGGUCUACAUAGUGAGUUCCAGGACAGCUGGGGCUACAGGGAGACCCUGUCUCAAAAAGAAAAAGAAAAAAAAAAAAAAGACAUUUCAUUUAGAGAGCAACUUACUUAUUUAUGCUUUAACAGUGAUAUAAUCUAGCAGUGACAAAUUGGAGAAAGGGAAACUCUUUGUAUAUUUAUAUGUAAUUUUAUUAAAACUGAAUUUCUUUUAA